AUGCUUGCAGCACAAUUUCAACAACGAAACAAUCCACCUGUAGUAACAGAUCGAUAUCACCACAGUGAAACUAUAUGGAGAGUAAUUGUUGAUAUAAUUAGUCUUAUAAUAUUACUUAUUGUAACGCUUCUUUCACAUUAUGUUGCGAAACCAUUUACACGUGGUUUUUUCUGUUCGGAUACAUCAAUACAGUAUCCAUACAAUGUUAAUACAAUACCAACGUAUGCUGCUGUUAUUUUAUCCAUUGUUCUUCCAAUGCUUUGGAUGUGGAUCACAGAGUUUUGUAAACGAUUUUAUUUUACUUGGUAUCCGGGACAAAAAUUUAUAACUCGUUUAGAAUUCUCUGAAACCAGAAGAAUAUAUAUAUCUCCAUUUAUUCGUAAUCUAUAUAUGCUUACAGUGAUAUUUUUCUAUGGUUAUCUUUCUACAUGGGUUUUAACUGAAAUUGCAAAAAAUUUCGUUGGUGAAUUACGACCACAUUUUCGAGCUGUAUGUAAUCCUACUUACAAUUGUUCAGCUGUUACAUCAUUAAAUCAAUUUAAUACGUAUCUUCAAUAUGGUACUGAUUAUACAUGUCAAAAUACAGAUGUUUCAGCCGUACGAGAAGCACGCCGAUCAUUCUUUAGUGGACAUGCUUCAUCUAUAUUUUAUGGUUUGACAUGGUUGAUUAUGUAUAUUCAUGUAUCUUGGUCAUGGCGUCAUCUUGGUAUUCUUAGCCAUUUAUUUCAAGUUGGUUUCGCUAUACUUGCAUUUUAUAUCGGUUAUUCUCGUAUUAGUGAUUAUCAACAUCAUUGGCAAGAUGUAUUAGUUGGUGGUAUAUUUGGUUCUUUUAUUGCAUUUUUUACAUUUAAAUUUAUUCUUAAUUGGCGUCAUUAUACUACACAAUUUCUUCCUUAUACAGUAAGUUCUUUACCAAAAACGUCAUCAAUACAUCCAAAAGGAAAUAUUAAUUAUGCUCACAUAACUCCAUAUAAUGAACAUGAACAAAUUCAUCAUUAUUUUUGA